AUGGAGGAACAAUCGCACAAGCCUCACCGAAAAUCCAAAGAAAAGAAGAAACAUGUCGGCGAUCGCAACCCCAAAGCUUUCGCCUUCUCGAACCCCGGCAAGCUUCAACGUGCCGCUGCCAGAUCUCACGAUAUCAAAGAGAAGCGCCUCCAUGUGCCCCUCGUCGACAGAUUGCCCGACGAGCCUCCGCCUCGACUCGUGACCAUCGUUGGGCCCCCGGGUGUCGGGAAGACCACAUUGCUCAAGUCGUUCAUCCGCAGAUAUGCCAAAGAAGCCAUUUCGGACCCUCAGGGGCCCGUCACCGUCGUCACCUCCAAGAAGCAGCGGCUGACAUUCCUCGAAUGCCCCAACGAGCUCGAAGCCAUGGUUGACAUUGCCAAGGUCGCCGAUAUCGUCCUGCUCAUGAUCGACGGGAACUUUGGGUUCGAGAUGGAGACUAUGGAAUUCCUUAAUAUCCUGGCCGCGACGGGCAUGCCCGGCAACGUCUUCGGCAUCCUAACCCAUCUAGACCUUUUCCGCAAACCGCAGGCCCUCCGAGACGCGAAGAAGAGGUUGAAACAUAGGCUAUGGAGCGAGUUAUACCAGGGCGCACAUUUAUUCUACCUUUCCGGCGUCAUAAAUGGCCGAUAUCCGGACCGCGAAGUUCACAACCUAUCUCGAUUCCUCUCCGUCAUGAAGAACCCGCGCCCGCUCAUUUGGAGGAACACUCAUCCGUACGCCAUCAUAGACAGCUUCCGGGACAUCACUCACCCCACUCAGAUCGAGGAAAAUGAAAAUUGCGAUCGGUCAGUCGUGCUCUCGGGCUACCUGAGAGGGACCAACUUCUCGAGCCACGACCAACGCGUCCAUAUCCCCGGCCUGGGCGACUUUACCGUCUCGAGCAUAGAAGCGUUGCCCGAUCCCUGCCCGACCCCUGCGAUGGAGCACGCCAUCGCGAAGGCCACCGGGAAGACCGGCAGAAGGCGAUUGGACGAGAAGGAAAAGAAGCUACACGCCCCCAUGUCUGACCGGAGCGGCCUCAAGAUCGAGGGCGACGCCAUCUGGAUAACUAGAGAGAAGGGCUUCAACUUCGACAAAGACGCCGAAGACGAGGAACGCGGCGAGGGAGAGGAGCUUAUCAUCGGGCUCCAGGGAGAGAGGCGCCUUCUCGGCCAGACGGAAGACGGCAUGCAACUCUUCCGGGGGGGCGAGAAGAUCACGAGUGUCCCCGAAGAAGAAGACACUGGGAGGAAGAGCCAACGGACCGUGAGGUUCGCCGAGAGGGACGAAGACGAAGACGAGGCACCCGAUGACGAAGGGUUCGUCAGUGGAGAAGACGAGGUCGCUUCCGACGAAGAAGUCGAGUUCAACGAGAAAAAGCUCGGUAAAAUGUUUCGGAAUUCGGACAAAGGCAGCGCCGCCGAGGAAGAUAUCGCGUUCGCCGAUAGUGACUCGGACCUGGGUUCUCUAUCAGGCGACGAGAUAGGCGAGGACGAGGACGAAGAUCAGAGCGGCUCAGAAGAUGAGUACGGCGACGAGGAGGAAUCCGCUCUCCGGUGGAAGGAUAAUCUGGCGGGGAAAGCGCAAAUGCUCCACGGCGGCCGGCCGUCCUACCGAACAGCGGAUCUCGCACGUCUGAUGUAUGACGAGUCUUUAACGGCGGACGAAGUAUUGCAGAGAUGGAAAGGGGAGGUCGAGGCCGACGAGUCGGAAGAAGAAAACAUCGAGGACUCGGACGACGAGGGGGACUUCUUUAAAAAGGCAAAGCAUGAGAAAGAAGGCGUGGUUUCAGACGAUCGUUCGAUACCCGUGUACGAUUACGACCAACUAGCCGCGAAGUGGUCGCUAGAUGACAACAUCGAGCGCCUUCGCCAGCGCUUCACAACGGCUACUCUAGGCGGUGGCAGUGACGAAGAGGGUGGCUUCGAAGGGUUUGACGAGGACGGGGAUAGUAAUGACGAAGGAGACGGCGUGUUUGAAGAUCUAGAGGCAAGCGAACAACAGAAAGCGGAACCGGAACCGGAACCGCUGGAGAGCCUCGAAGCGGAGCGUGAGAGAAACGCUCGCAGAAAGGAGGAGCUGAAGCUCAGAUUUGAAGAGGAAGAUCGCGAAGGAAUCAAGAAUGACAAAGCGAUCGCUAGGCGAGAAGGUGCCGAAGACGAGGAAUUUGGCGAGGACGAGUGGUACGAUGCGCAGAAGGCUCUCAUCAAGAAACAGCUCGAUAUCAACAAUGCCGAGUUUGAGGCACUGGACGAACGGCAGAGAGUGGCAGUGGAGGGUCACAAGGCCGGGAAGUAUGCCAAGAUCGUGAUAGAGAACGUACCGGCGGAAUUCGUCACCAACUUCCAAGCUCGGAUGCCCCUCAUCGUCGGAGGCGUACUCACCACAGAGGACAGGUUCGGAUACGUCCAGAUCCGCAUCAAGCGACACCGGUGGCACAAGAAGAUCCUCAAGACGAACGACCCGCUCAUAUUUUCCCUCGGGUGGAGACGAUUCCAGACGCUCCCUCUCUACAGCAUCUCGGACUCGCGGACUAGGAACCGCAUGCUCAAGUACACACCGGAGCACAUGCACUGCUUCGGCACGUUCUACGGGCCGCUGAUCGCGCCGAACACGGGCUUCGUCUGCUUCCAGUCCUUCUCGUCGGCGAACCCGGGCUUCCGGAUCGCCGCGACGGGGACGGUGCUGUCGGUGGACGAAUCGACGGAGAUCGUGAAGAAGCUCAAGCUUACGGGGGCGCCGUACAAGAUCUUCCGGAACACGGCGUUCAUCAAGGACAUGUUCAACAGCGCGCUCGAGAUCGCCAAAUUCGAGGGCGCGGCAAUCAAGACGGUGUCGGGGAUCCGGGGGCAGAUCAAGCGGGCGCUGUCGAAGCCCGAGGGCCACUUCCGCGCCACGUUCGAGGACAAGAUCCUGAUGAGCGACCUGGUGUUCCUGCGGGCGUGGUACCCGGUGAAGCCGCGGCGGUUCUACAACCCGGUGACGAACCUGCUGGGGGCGUGGCAGCCGAUGCGGCUGACGGGGGAGGUGCGGCGGUCGGAGGGGGUGGCGACGCCGCGGGAGCGCAACAGCCGGUACCGGGCGGUGGAGCGGGCGGCGCGGCACUUCAACCCGCUGCGGGUGCCGCGGGGGCUGGCGGCGGAGCUGCCGUUCAAGUCGCAGAUCGUGGAGCGGCGGGCGCAGGACCGGCGGCGCAAGACGUACCUGCAGCGGCGGGCGGUGGCGUCGGGGCCGGAGGAGCGGCGGGCGCGCGGGCUGCUGCAGACGCUGGCGACGAUCCGCAAGGACGCGGCGGCGCGGCGGCACGCCAAGAAGGAGGAGAAGCGGGCCGAGUUCCGCCGGCGCGUGGAGGCGCAGGGCGAGCAGCGCGAGGCCCGCGAGCGCCGCGAGAAGCAGGAGUACUGGCGCAAGGAGGGGCGCAAGCGGAGCGGCGGCGGCGGCGACGAAGGGGGGGGGGGCGCAGGGAAGCGGAGGAGGAAGUGA